GUCGUUUUAAAACGGGCAACUCCUUAUCCAAUCUCGUACAGCCACUUCCUUGAUGUUUCACCCCAUUGGCCAAUGACAGCGGCGUGACCCGGAUAUUGACCUGUGAUUGGUCAGUGACUAGGGCGGAGGAUUUCAAUUCCUCCAGUAUGUUCCGUCUUCCUUCCUCCUGGUAUUAGCCCACUUGAUUCUAGCAUCUACCCUCCUUUGGGUAUGCUGGUAUCUGCAGCCGGUGCCUGCUGUGUGUGUGCGGCAGAGGGGAGGGCUGGCCGUGCUACUGUAGGAUGUGCUGCUGAGCCUGCGUGCUGUCCAUGGGGGGUCAGGGUCAUCUUCCUGGGUUAGAAGGGGGCCCUACCCACAUAUGAGAACAUUACUCUAUAUUGUUAUGCUUUACUUCCAUACACCUGUGCUACUCCCAGAACCCUGAUCCUAUUCGCCUGGCGUGGAACGCACAGCCUUAUGCCUUUCAGUGAGCUAUACCUAGUCACGUGAACGUGUUGAAGACUGAAGACAUGGCAGAGAGUCAUUCCAAGUCAUCAGAUGGCCCAUCAAAAUCCUCCUCAAAUCUUAAUUUCCGCACCAACUGUCGAAUGGUACUAAACCUGCUGAGGGAGCGAGAUGCUUCAGUAAUUUUCUCUCCAGAACAACCAUUAACGCCAGUCACUGACCUCGCUAUGGGCUUUAGUAACCUGUGCACGUUCAAUGGUGAGACACCGAAACGUUGCUUGGAUCUAUCCAAUUUGAGUGGGGAUGAAGGUGGAUUGCAAGCUUUUGUGUCUCCUUUGACAGGUAAUGGGGUAUCUCCAAAGUCAGAGUGUGUCCAGCUUGAUGACUUCAUUUUUACGCCAGAUCCUGAGAAGAAAACAAAAAAGUGUCCUAAAGAAAAGUUAAAUCCUGUACUGCCACUGCUUCUGUGCAGCACACCAAGUUGUAAGAAGUAUUCGGGAGGUCCCAGCAAAACUAGCAAUAAGGAGAAUGAAAAUGGGCAAGUUAGGAAUGCAGGUACACUAUGCUCUAUGCUGCUUCUCCAGGAAACUGCUGAUAUACAAUAUUCUCCAACAUUUGGAGCCAAGGAUGAUACCUCUACAGUGGAAGACUCUGAAAUGCAUGUCCUGGGUUCACCUAUAACUACUGUUCCAGGUUGUAUAGAUAAGGACAAAAUGGGAAACCUUGAUGGGUUCUCUGAAUUUUUCACUCUGGAUGAAGAAGAGAACACAUCCACAGCAGCUGCUAAUUUGUCUUCAUCUAUGGCUGUCUUACUUUCGGGACCUUUUCUGAAUCAAGAGGUGGAGGCCAGUAAUGUGUCCAUGAACCGAAGUCGCCUAUACCGAUCUCCAUCUAUGCCGGAGAAACUUGACCGGCCCGUUUUAAAAAGAACAGUAAGACCCCAAAAUGAUGAAACACCUGUUAGAGUGAAAAGAAGGCGCAGCACAACUAGUCCCUUCCAGCCUCACGCAGAAGAGAACAGUCAGCCAAGAAGAAGGUAUACCACUCUGAAGAAGACCCUCUCCUUAUGUGAUGUGGAUAUUACUAAAGCUCUGGAUGAGGAUUAUAGUCACAGACAGCUAAUAGGGGAUUUUACAAAGAUUUAUGCUUUGCCGACCGUGACUGGGCGCCAUCAGGAUCUGCGCUACAUCACAGCUGAAACUCUGGCCGCUCUAAUAUAUGGCGAGUUCAACAGUCUUGUGGAGAAAUUCUACAUCAUCGACUGCCGCUAUCCUUAUGAGUAUGACGGAGGCCACAUCAAGGGUGCAUUAAACCUUCAUCGGCCAGAGGAGGUGUUGGAUUAUUUUCUUAAGUGUCCGUUGGUUCCAUCCGUAGCAGAAAAACGUAUUAUAUUGGUGUUUCACUGUGAAUUCUCCUCUGAAAGAGGACCAAAGAUGUGUCGUUGUUUAAGAGAGGAAGAUCGAGCCAGGAAUGAAUAUCCAAGUCUUUCUUACCCAGAAAUGUACCUACUCAAAGGGGGAUACAAAGACUUUUUCCCGGAAUACAGAGUGUUGUGCGACCCUCAGGGCUACUGCCCAAUGCAUCAUGAGGAUUACCGGGAAGAACUACUGAAAUGCCGCACAAAGAGCAAAUCCUGGGCAGGAGAUCGCAAGAGAAGGGAUCAAAUGGUUAGGCUAAUGAAGCUGUAGUGUGGAAUCUGGCCAACAUCUAAACCAAAUGAUCAAUAAUACAGGAAACUCCUGCGGCAUGUAAAAUGUAUUACAAUACAACCAUGAGGCCUGCCACAUAUUUUGUUGGUCACUGUGAAAUAAUUAGCCAUAAGAAGAAAGUGUGGGGAAUGCAUGCAUGUAUGUGGUGGGUGUUGACUGCAACUAGAUUAAUUCAUGAAUUGACCAUAUCAGGAAACCAACAGAAACUGAUUACAUUCUGUGUAUGCCAUGUGUUUGGUACAAGUCCUAUUCUGGAGGUCUGCAAGUGGAAUUUGAACUCCUAAGGAGCUUUAUACACAUACUACAACCUCUAAUAGUGCAUUUUUACAGGACCUUAAUAAACUGUCCAGCCAGAAAUAAGAGGGCAGAUGACGAUUGGCUGCGUUAAAUGAUGUGGGUGUUCUUAUGCUAUAAUAUCUAUUGUACUUGGUGAUAUCUCUUUAUAACUAAUAGAAUGUAAGACAUCACAUGCCAAACCUUAAAGAACACUGUGAAUAUCAAGUACACCAAUUCUUUUGUGUCCCCCCCCCCCCCCCCCCCCCGUAUUUUGAUAAAUUUAAUAUAGGAAUCUUCUGCAAACUAGUAAAAUCAUUGAUCCGUUUUCUAAAUGGUGCUCUGUUUUUUUUAUUAUUUUCUGUAUAUAUUUUAUUAGGAACAUAUAUGGUUAAAUAUUUGCAAUAAAAUACAGAGAAGAGAAUAAAGAAUUUGACAUAUAUAAUGUCAAGCCUUUCUUCAAGUAUUCCCCUGUCUUGAGAGAAUUGCAAUGGGUUAUUUGGGGGGGGGGCACACUGAAUGUGGCAUUUCAUUAAAUUAUGUGCAUUUCUACAUUAAUUACAUUUAUUAAUGUCCCUCAAACCUUCAUCUUGCUUUAUUUGAUUUUUCAAAAUGUAAAUACAGUAUAUGACACUUA